AUGGCGGCGGCGCCGGGGGCAGCGGCGGGCGGCGGCGCCGGCUCGUUCGGCGGCGCCGAGAUGGUGCGCGGGCAGCUCUUCGACGUGGGGCCGCGCUACGUCAACCUCUCCUACAUCGGGGAGGGGGCCUACGGCAUGGUCUGUUCUGCCUAUGACAAUGUCAAGAAAGUUCGGGUAGCUAUAAAGAAAAUCAGCCCAUUUGAACACCAGACGUAUUGCCAGAGAACUCUGAGAGAGAUCAAAAUCCUAUUGCGUUUCAGGCAUGAAAAUAUUAUUGGGAUUGAUAACAUUAUCAGAGCUCCAACAAUUGAACAAAUGAAAGAUGUAUACAUUGUGCAAAAUCUCAUGGAGACGGACCUUUACAAGCUCUUAAAGACUCAGCAUCUCAGCAAUGACCACAUCUGUUAUUUCCUUUAUCAGAUCCUGAGAGGAUUGAAAUACAUUCAUUCAGCCAAUGUGCUGCAUCGUGACCUCAAGCCUUCCAACCUGCUACUAAACACUACUUGUGAUCUCAGGAUCUGUGACUUUGGAUUGGCUCGUGUUGCAGAUCCCGAUCAUGAUCACACUGGGUUCCUAACAGAAUAUGUAGCGACGCGUUGGUACCGAGCUCCUGAAAUCAUGUUGAAUUCAAAGGGUUAUACCAAAUCUAUUGAUAUCUGGUCUGUAGGUUGCAUUUUGGCAGAGAUGCUAUCAAACAGACCCAUAUUUCCAGGAAAACACUACCUUGAUCAGCUGAACCAUAUCCUUGGGAUACUUGGAUCGCCUUCUCAAGAAGACUUGAACUGUAUAAUCAAUUUGAAAGCUAGAAACUACCUGCUUUCUCUCCCCUACAAAAAUAAGGUGCCUUGGAAUCGGCUGUUUCCAAAUGCAGAUCCCAAAGCUCUUGAUCUGUUGGACAAAAUGUUGACCUUCAACCCGCACAAGAGAAUCGAAGUGGAAGAAGCACUGGCCCAUCCCUAUCUAGAGCAGUAUUACGAUCCGAGUGAUGAGCCGGUUGCAGAAGCACCAUUCAAAUUCGACAUGGAACUGGAUGACUUGCCAAAGGAAACACUGAAAGAGCUGAUUUUUGAUGAAACUGCCAGGUUUCAGCCAGGAUACAGAUUCUAAAUGGCACACGGGAGAAAGGAGCUAAAGGGCUGGGCAUUCGCCACACAGAUGCUCUCUUCCUGAUUCCUGAUGUAUUGCCAUGCCUCUGGCCUUUUUCAGCCUCUCCACUCACCACUUCAAGCCAUUCAGGAAGGCCAUUUCUGGUAGUCCUGGCUUUAUGCUCUCAACAGAAUUUUUCUUUAUGCCUGAAAAAAAAAAGCUGAUAUUUCUGUGUGUAAUAUUCAUUACUGGUCCUCUUGCGGUAUUCUAUUUCCAUACACCUCCUGCUGAUAAUAUGUUUAAACUGCUUCCUUUUCUGAUUGGAAAGAUACAGUGCUUUGUUGCUGAUUUUAAUCAAGGCAAUGGCAAACAAAGAUGUUUGCACCACGAACCAUUUUAUUUUCUAGGUUUUGUUCCUGACUUUUUUUUUUAAAGGAAAAGCUACAAUUUAGGGCACUUUAAGUCAGUGGCAUUCUCCGUACUUUUGCACUUCUUUAAGCAUGCAACGGUUUGCUAACAUGCACAAUGCAAAUUGACAGUAUAAAUCGUGUUUCUGUACUUGUUCUAAUUUCCUGUUCUAUACAUAUAAAUUAAUACAGAGCAUUCACUAACAUAUCUAGAAGUCUUGCUUUUAACCAGACUAAAAAAACACACAUUCUCUCACUCUGUCAAGAGGUUAUAGGUACUUGUGCAAUUUUGAAUCUUCAUGGUACUCUUAACGCUUCUAUCGUCAUUGUUGCAAGAUAUGUAAUACAAUCCUAAGCAUGUUUACUAAGCAUGUGAAUCCCAUUAAGUUCAAUGGGGUUUGCUAAGGGGGUGUAUUCAGGAUUAGCCUUAUACAAAGCAGUGGCUCAGUAACUUCCAGGGUAGUGAGAGAAUAAUUUAGAACAAAAUCCUAUUUUAUUGUCCUGCAUGAUCUGCAUUAGUAAACGUACUCAUGUGAAUAUUGCAAAUGAUCUCUCCCUAUUGAAUAUGAAGGAAACAGCUCUGCUAAGUUUCCAGCCUUUGGAUUUCACACUGGGGGCCAUGCCGCAGGAAUACUGAGCGACUUAAAAGAGAAACUUGGAAAUACUUCGGCUCCUGUAGCAUGUCAGGAUCUUCAGUUGGUCUCUUGUACUUGCCUUGUGACAAUGCACUCUCAAAUCAAAUGAUCAGCAUUACCGAUAAUGCUACCUUUGGGCCGCCAAACACUACAUCGUUUUCCACCGGUUCCUGCUUUUUUUACGAUAGCUCUUCAAGUAUUUGUUUCUGAAAUCGUAUAAUGUGGAGUUUACUAGGUGUUCUGUUCAGUGCAGUGCCUCCUAUACUUUUUCCCACUGCUCCGUGGUGAGAAAUUUGCCUUGUUCGAGAUAAUUACUGUGCCCUCGCAUGACUGUUAAAAGCUUUCUGUGCAAAGAUGAUUGUCUAAGUGCCACAUGCCUACGAUUGAAAACGUUACCUCUGAAUUGUGUUAAAAGAAAUUCUAUCCAACUAAUGACUUUUUGAAAGAAAAAAUAGCUUUGUUUUAGCUGUUCGUUUUUCUGCCGUGUUGUAUUUUGGCAGCAGCGAAGAAUAGAUUGUAUAAAGACUGCUUACUAAUACGAACCAAAACGCACUUGUAAUUAAUCAGAAUAAAUUUUAAUCUUGUUUUAUUACAUUCAACUUCCAAAUAACUUUAUUUGCUAUUUGAAGCAUGUAGAUGGGGAUCUGGCUUCUUAGUAAUAAGGAUGCUUGCUGGUGGAUAGCUCUGAUUCUAUUUUCAAUAUAAUUUAGGAAGUCAUUGGCCUAGACUCUUGGUAACUCUGCUAUUAUGCGUAUUUACUAAGCUCAGUAGGACUUCACACCUUGUUAGUCAUAGCUAGUGUCCUUUUGGCUUUGAUCCAACACAAUCCUAAAUGUUUUUACUUAUAAGUCCCAUUAAAUUUGGCGAGACUUAUUACUUAUUAAAAUUAAGACUGCAGCGUAGUCACUUUACCUGGAUUGAGAGCCCAUUACAGGGGUACGUAAUAGUCACAAAAUGGUUAGAUUCCUUAACAAGUGUUUUAUGAACUAGCUGGUAAAAGCUAACUUCUGAUACCCAGAUAUUUGUCUCCAAAGGGCAUUUUCUAUUAACUCUUGUGGUCCAUAGUACUACUUGUGUGUAAAGCACAUGUUGUGAACAUUGUUGGGGACUCUCCAAAGCUGACUCUUGGCAGGUGUCAACUCUAAUUCUUCUCUUGACUGUUUGUAGUUGUGUGGAAACGUUCCUCUGCCUUUCUACCUAUAACUUACCAAAAUGCCUACUCCUAGCUGAUCUGAACUAUAGCCCAAGGCUCCGCCUUUGUGAUUAUGACUAGCUUUGAGUUAGGACUGUUAUUAAAAAAAAAUAGCAAAAUAACACCACAGGUUUGAGUAAGAACUUCUGACAGCCUUUCAUUUUGACUUCUUGCAUUUAUUUCGGAGAGCUAAUUGUUUGCUAAUUGUAUAAACUUUACCUUUGAUUUGCAAUCCUACAAAAAGAAGUAAUGGGCACACUUUACUAAUAUCUAGUGCUUUGAAGCAUAAUUUCUGUCUAUUUCAAAACAGAUUGGUGUAAAACCACUAAGUGUCGUUAGUCACCAAACGUUGGGACUGUAUUUCCACUUACCGCAGGAUUUCUGACAGAAUGGAAAACCUUCCAAAAAUUGAUUUUAACCCUGUGUACAAUCCUAUGUAAGUUUGUUGGACUUUUUUCUUUCUAAACAUAUAUAGGGUUGCAUCCUUCACGGUUUUCCCCCUCACCCUCUCGGUCUAAUUCUGCAUAGCUAUUUUUGAAAUUCCUAUACAGUGAUGUAGAAUCUGGGCUCAGUGUGCCAUGUACCAGUGGUACAUAAUUAUAUUGACGCUUUUGCAGAGAUACUUGGUACAAGGGGUUAAUAUGGGACUCAUGUGAGCUGGAGGGAACAUGUGCACAGUCGCUGGUUACUGUAGAAAACCCUUUUGGGUGACUUCAUAUUCAGUUUUGAGUCUAUGCAUAUUGAUCAGGCAAUAUACAAAAUCCCUGACUCCUUUGUGCCCAUUCUCCACAAUCGCUUUAGCCUCAAGCUGUCAGACAUUCCAGACUUUAAGCAACAAGACCCUGCGGUUCAUACUCUGUUUCCUGGCUAGGCUUGACUGAGUUUUGUUUCCGAGGGCUGAUCAGUUGUGUUUUUUCUUACUGUAGCCAUAUAUGUGUGCCCUAUACAGAAAGCCUUCUAAAGCAGGCUUCCAAGAGAUAAUUAAACUAGCGCACAGGUUAGAGUUGACAGCUGGGAAAGGACUUUGGUAACUGAAGGCCAACUUCUUUGUUUCCACUGCAAAAUGCUCAACUGCAAAACUGCCUUAUGCAGUCGGGCUCAUCGGUCUCAUUGCAGGCCCCUGACUGCUAGUUGAGAGCCUUCAAAACUGGAGGUGCUAGUACUGAACCAAGACCCUGUUUAGCAUGCGAAGCGUAUGCCCCACCCAUGAGUUGCCAGUGUCUUCCCGUGCCUUGAAGAUGGCACGCUUAUCAUGCUUUGGCCAAGAAACCAUAGCGGGAAUUUAAAACUCCUACUAAUACAUUGGUUCCUGUAAGUCGACUGUAUAAUCCAUUGAGUAAUAAAUCAAGUUUAAAAUAGCUCAGAUAAGGCGCACAUAGACAUUUUUAGUCCUUUACAUAAUACUUCUAUAUUUAUAAAGCAAUCUAUUGAAGCAAUCCCGAGUUUAAGGGAGAGUAUUUUUCUAAGUGUAGCAGUGUGAGUCCAAGAAAAUCCCUUUAAAGUUUGAGUUUGAGAUCCAUUUGUGCUCUGACCAGAUGACUUGUCUGAAGUACGACACGAAAGCCAUGCCAAGUGCAGCCCACCCUUGCAGCGUGAUUAAGCCUGUGCUGCGAUCAGAACUGCAGUGGAGGCCGCUCACCAAGAGGCUAACCGUGUGCUCUCGGCACAAAAGCAGCAGCAGGUUUCCUUGCUAGAGUUGCCUUCCCUGCGGUGUUUCGGUGUAGAGCACUCCUGCAGAAAGAUGUCUGCUUUUGUAUUUGCUUUGUCCUGUUGGUGCCUUAGUCAUGUCCCCCAAACAUCCUGCAAAGCUCCUUUUAGUUCAUGGUAAGUCUAAGACCUGAAACAGAGUUUUAUAAAGGUUUUCUCUCUGUUAGAUUAUAGCAACUAAACAUGUAUAUUGUGUGACAGACUGGUGAUUUGGUUAUUAUGUAUAGAAUGAUUGUAAAGUAGAAAAAAGUAUAUUUCGUCUGAAUUCUGUGGAUGUAAACGUACAUAUUUUUUUAAAGAAGUUGAUGUCUUGUUAGUACGUGCCAUCUGAUUCUGGUAAAAACAAAUGUGAAGAAAUCAUUAAAUUGUGAUCUUGGAUUACCAAAAAACCAAGUAUUCUUGUGAACAUAGAAUGCCAGGGAAAAAUUUGUUUUAUGCACGCAUUUUGGGAUAUCCAUGUGGGGAUUCAAUGCACCAGUUAAAAUGUAGUAUUGGAUUUUUCUCUAAACCAUGGAAGUGCAGUAUUUUACUAGAUGUAAUACUGAGACAAAAUCAUUUGUUGUUUUUGCUUUGAAAGAUACAGAUGAUGUGAAUGUA